AUGAUAAAUAUCCAUGGCUCUCCUAGCAACAUGCUGAACACCCAUGAUAAAUAUGCUUUGGGUAGAAACCAGAAAGAAUCUGAACGGCUAAAUGCACAACACGAUCUGCUGUUCAAAGUGACCCAAAACACCCUGAUCCAUCCAUCGAUUCCUAAAGAUGGCAUACUAUCAGUUGCAGAUAUAGCAACUGGAACCGGCAUCUGGCUGAAGGAUGUUUCGCAAAUGUUGGAAGCAUCUCAAGCCCAGCGUUACUAUCAUGGAUUUGACAUCUCACCGGAACAAUUUCCCAAGGAGCCAGGGGGCAUCGCAUUUUCUGUUCACGAUAUAACGAAGCCAUUUCCUAAAGAACAUUGGAACCGGUAUGACUUAGUCCAUGUGCGACUAUUAGUUGUUGCUCUCGAAGAAUCCGAAUACAGAGCUGCAGUAUCUAACGUCCAUGCCAUCUUGAAGCCCGGCGGCUUUCUUCAGUGGGAAGAGAUCGAUGAAGAAACAUAUAUAUCGGAUUCCAACCCCGUUAUUUGGGAGAUUCGAAGAUGCUUUAGUUCUUCCCUCAAGGCCGAAGGAAAAUGUUUCCAAGCAUCAGCAAAGGUAUACGACGAGUGCAUAGCGGCCGGUCUCUUGGAUGUUGUACGGUUGGCUUAUAUCUCAGACUGGGAUAGUAAUAUCCGUCGUGACACAGAGGAAAGGCUUGCUGCGAUUAUCGAAACGCUAUAUGCAAAUCUUCUCGUGCGAUCCGGGCAGGUUGAUGAGGAGAAGGUGGCAUCAAAGCAGGCUGGGGAGUUGAUCGAGCAACAUCGGCGCCUUUGUGAAAAUGGAAAUUCCCCGCCGCUGAAGCUGAUGAGAGUUGUUGGCCAAAAGCGACUACAUGAUCGGUGCCUAUAG